GGGGCUCCGCGCCUGCCGCCGCUCGGCCGUCCGGGCGCCAACAAAGAGCAGCCGCGCCGCCCGCACUCGCGCCCGCCGCGUCCCCGAGCCGCAGCCCGCAGCCCAGCCCGCAGCCCGGCGGGGACGGCGCGGCGCGGCGCGGGCGAUGGAAGAUGGAAGGAAGACCUGCCGCGGCGGAGACGUUCGUUUGGGUUAACGGUGCGUCAGCACAUUCCCAGAGUGUUGCCAAGGCCAAAUAUGAAUUUUUAUUUGGCAGAUCUGAAGAGAAGACUCCAGAUACUAGUGAUCAUGGAGGAAGCACUUUACUCCCACCAAAUGUCACAAAUGAAUUUCCAGAAUAUGGGACCAUGGAGGAAGGCGGAGAAGGCCUAAGAGCUUCUUUGGAGUUUGAUGCAGAGUCUCUGCCCUCUCACCCUCCAGGGCCACAGGGGGUGCAUCUUCUUGCUGGCCAAGACUCUGGGCUCAACAGUGUUACCGAAGGACCAAAAGAUGUCAUUGAGACCCCCUCUCAAAGUCACCUCAAGGAACAAAGUUUACAAUCCAUUGACUCUCUGAUUUCUGCUCUGAAAGACACAGAAGCCAGAAUAGUUUCAGGAACGUUACAGGCUACAAAGGUACUGGACAAAGAUGCUGUGUCUAGUUUUUCAUGUCAGCACGUGGAGAAAGAGCUGGACACUGCCAGUCAUAAAACACGGAGAGCCACCCAGCCAUUCUCUGGUGGCCGGGAACCAUCACCAGAAACACCUCUUUCAGCUGAAGGAACGACUGAGGAAAAUUUUUAUUUGAGUAUCCAGAAGGAUCUGACAGCACUGUUAACUGGAGACACCCCGGCUGAGCUUGCCCAGGUGACUCAUAAUGGGAGAAAAGGGGCGCUCAGUGUGCCGGAGCCAGCUUGUCCUGCGUCCUCGCGGCGGAGCCCCGCAGUGUCCUAUAAUUCUGCAGGCAACGCUGGCUUUUCAAAAGAACAGAUUUCUGACAUUGGGCGAGAGCAACCAGUGGGAUGUGAUCGAGGCUCCCUGGGCCGCGCAGGCCGGAUCAAGCAUGUGGAAUUCCAAGGGGUGGAAAUAUUGUGGACAGAAGGAGGAAAGAGAAAGACGCAGCCUCCUGCUGAUUUUCAGGCCUCGCUGGAAAGGACAGCCUCUCCCGAAAGCAAAGAGUUUCCGAAAGUGCCAAGCCAUCUCAUCUCAGCUGCUGCUCCGCGCCAUUCAGUUAGUUUAACUGAGCGUGUUUGGGAUGAAACCUGGAAAGUCCCUUUGGAGAGGCCUGGCACUGGCCCGGGGACAUUUCCCCCUGUGCCUCUUGCUGAGAGUGGUGAGGAUGAAGUCUUCCUGAAGGAAAGCAGACAGCACCUUGAGAAGGAAGCUGGGCUGGAGAGAGACAAGGGAAGGAUCCUUGAGCAAGAGGAGCACCUCAGGGGCGAAGAUGAUGAACUGCUUGGGCCUGGGUACACGGAGGACUCCACCGAUGUGUACAGCUCCCAGUUUGAGACCAUUCUGGACAACACUUCCUUGUACUACAGCGCAGAGUCGCUGGAGACCCUGUACUCAGAGCCCGAUAGCUACUUCAGCUUUGAGAUGCCCCUUACUCCAAUGAUACAGCAGCGCAUUAAAGAAGGUGGUCAGUUCUUGGAGAGGACCUCCGCCGGAGGACACCAGGAUGUCCUGAGUGUCUCAGCAGAUGGCGGGAUAGUGAUGGGCUAUUCUGGCGGGAUCACCAACGGGCUGAAUGACGCCAGCGACUCCAUCUACGCCAAAGGCCCCAGGGAGAUUGCCUUCUGGGGAAGCAAUGCUGGGGUGAAAACAACACGGCUAGAGGCUCAUUCUGAAAUGGGGAGCACUGAAAUCCUGGAAAAAGAGACUGCAGAAAGUCUCAGUAACGGUACCAGCAGCAACUUGGAAGCAGCCAAGCGCCUGGCCAAACGCCUUUAUCAACUAGACAGAUUCAAAAGGUCGGACGUCGCGAAACACCUAGGCAAGAACAAUGAAUUUAGCAAACUAGUUGCAGAAGAAUAUCUGAAGUUUUUUGAUUUUACAGGAAUGACCCUGGAUCAAUCUCUCAGGUAUUUCUUUAAAGCCUUUUCUCUUGUGGGAGAAACUCAAGAACGAGAGAGAGUUUUGAUACACUUCUCCAAUAGAUACUUUUCUUGUAACCCAAAUACCAUUGCUUCACAAGAUGGCGUCCACUGCCUUACCUGUGCAAUUAUGCUUCUUAACACUGAUCUCCAUGGCCACAAUAUUGGAAAGAAGAUGACCUGCCAAGAGUUCAUUGCAAACCUCCAAGGGAUAAGUGAAGGUAUUGAAUUCUCCAGGGAUCUUCUGAAAGCUCUGUACAACUCUAUCAAGAAUGAGAAGCUUGAAUGGGCAGUAGAUGAUGAAGAGAAAAAAAAGUCCCCCUCAGAAGGCACUGAUGAGAAGGCCAAUGGAACACAUCCAAAGACCAUCAGUCGCAUUGGGAGCACGACCAACCCCUUCUUGGACAUUCCUCAUGACCCAAAUGCUGCUGUGUACAAAAGUGGAUUCUUGGCUCGGAAAAUCCAUGCAGAUAUGGAUGGAAAGAAGACUCCAAGAGGAAAGCGAGGAUGGAAAACCUUUUAUGCUGUCCUGAAGGGAACAGUUCUUUAUUUACAAAAGGAUGAAUAUAAGCCAGAAAAGGCCUUGUCCGAAGAGGACCUGAAAAACGCCGUGAGUGUGCACCACGCCCUGGCAUCCAAGGCCACGGACUACGAGAAGAAGCCCAAUGUCUUUAAGCUCAAAACUGCCGACUGGCGGGUCUUGCUGUUUCAAACCCAGAGUCCAGAGGAAAUGCAGGGGUGGAUAAGCAAAAUCAACUGCGUGGCAGCUGUCUUUUCUGCACCACCGUUUCCGGCAGCCAUUGGUUCUCAGAAGAAGUUUAGCCGCCCGCUUCUGCCUGCCACUACAACAAAAUUAUCUCAGGAGGAACAACUGAAAUCUCACGAAAGCAAGCUGAAGCAGAUCACCACGGAGCUGGCUGAGCACCGCUCCUAUCCCCCUGACAAGAAAGUCAAAGCUAAGGAUGUGGAUGAGUACAAGCUGAAAGACCACUAUCUGGAGUUUGAGAAAACCCGUUAUGAAAUGUACGUCAGCAUUCUAAAAGAAGGCGGCAAGGAGCUCCUGAGUAGCGAUGAAAGCGAGGCCGCGGGACUGAAGAAGUCGCACUCCAGUCCUUCGUUGAACCCGGAGUCAUCCCCGAUCACCGCCAAGGUCAAGCGUAACGUGUCCGAGAGGAAGGACCACCGACCUGAAACACCAAGCAUUAAGCAAAAAGUUACUUAGGAGCCAAUCUGCUGCCAGGAAGUGCUGGUCAUGGAGCAAAAUAGGGUUUUUCAAGAUAUUUCUGGUAAUAAUCCGUGAAUAUAUUAAAAAAAAAAGUCUGUGACUAAAUGGUGCAUUAGUAACUUUUUAUAUUGUAUAUUUUUGUUAGUUUCUGUACAGGUUGUCUUUGCUCUUGAUUUCUUUGCUUUAAUGAUUUUUUGCAACUUGAUCACUAAUGCACCUUUUUUGUGAGGGGGAGAAGAUGGUGAUUCCAGAAUGAAUUACGCAUCCCUUCUCCUUUGGUUUUCUCGUUUGCACUCUGCUCAGUUGUUUUAUGUAUUCUCAAAUCAACUGUUUGGUUUUUUUUUGUUUGUUUGUUUUUUUUUUUUUUUUUUUUAAGGUUAAAAAUUUAAUCCAUUGUGUAACACUUAACUGGACAAACUUCGUAGUUUAGUAAAUUCUAGCCAGAGUUAAUAUAAGCCUUUAUAUGUGAAAUCUUGCCCAGUCACGGAGGUGAAGUUGAGUCCUCACAGAUGCCCACGUGAGAGUUACGAUGCUGGGGAUCCAGGCGUUCCGGAGGGAUGCAGCUCUGCGUGCACCCCAGCACUACUUGUUUGAGUUCUGACCCUGCCAGCAGCAGGGGAAGGAGGCACGAAGGUCACAGGACUGGAGAACCUAGGAACGCACAUUAGCUUGCUUGAAGCGUGGACUCCAUUCCAGUCAAGCAAGGGACAGAGGAAGAGAGCCGUCUUGCCACUGAAGGCUGAGGACACAUUGAUACCAAGCAAAUUUUGUUUUCUAAAUGAUAGUGGCAAUCAUUGGCUCUUGGGAGCUGCAGCAGUAGACUUGUGUUUGGUCUGCAGGAAAUUGUUACCUCACUCCCAUAGGGUCUAGACUAGGAAUCCAGAAUCAUCUCUAUUGUUGAUACCUUUCCAUCCAGGAAUAUAUUCUUUUUACUCGACAUAUAUAUAUAUAUAGGCAUGACGUCAUCUCCUGGUUGUAAGAAUGUUGGGGUUUUCCUUCCUAACAGAAUAAUGUUGAAAAUGGAACCCCUUUUGCUCUUUCCUUAGUCAAGACAAAAUAAUGGAGCAAAAAGCAGCUGUAGCUGUUCAGCAGUGGAUAUUGAUUCUCUAAGCAAAAUCUGAAAAUAAUAGGGUGAAUGAAUUGUGGCUGGAAAAUAGAGGAAUCUUCUGAUUGCAUAUGCAAAGUUUCUUAGUUUGUUCUUAUGCCAGUCUCUGGACAGCUACUUUACAUCAGUGUUAAACUUGCUCCUAAAAUUUUUUGCCUAUUUUAAAUCAUUUCUUUCUGUGUACUCAAAAUAGGUUCUGUUCACCUUACAGUCAUGAGCUCGUUUCAAUAACAGACCCUUUGAAAUUCUGGGUGAUAAACAGAAUAUUCUCUUGUAGAGGAACAGGAGGGAGUGAAUUUUAGGUCCCCAGUGACUUAAAGAACUUUUAGAUUUCCACACCUUGAAACUGUUCCCUCAAGCUGUCAUCUGCCCAAACAAUCCAGCUUCAAAACUGACAGGAUCACUUUCAAUAUUCUUUUCCCUCCCAUAGGAAUUUUCUCUACUUUUCCUUAGUUUAUUAUUGCAGGUACCGUGACCAAAGCAUCUGCUGCUCUGCAUGAAUAGCACACUUCCAGUGGACUAGAGAAAACCCGCUAAGAAGUCACGGUAGUUCCUAGUGCUAUAUUGUUAUGAUGUACUCACAUUUAGUUACAGGAUUAUUUAUUAAUGUUUACUUCCUUCACCUGUGUACAUGUGCAUAUUUGCUGGUGUCCAGAGAAAAGCAACCCUCUCUGAGGUGGCAGUUGCUUGCUUUGUGGCAUUUUGCCACACCUUUGAAAAACUCACUCUAACCUUGUUUAGGUAAAAAAGCAGUGGCUACAUUUAUGUGUCAGAACUGUGAAGCAAACACAGUAGUUAACCAGUAUGGUCCAUGUAUCAGAAUCAUUUUUUCAGCUUCUUACUGAAUCCAAGAUUUCCACAAGCAAGUUGUCUUUCCUCUUAGAAUCUGAAAUAUCAGUAUUUGUUUUCUGCCUCAAUACUUGUACUAGAUGAGGGGGGAGAGGUACCUACACCAUGUCAUCUAUGAACUUCAGUAACUGAAGAGAAAUUAGCAACCCUGCCUGGCUUGAAUGCAUUUGCCCACAGUGUGUGUCUAUGUAUAUAGGAUGUCCGUGUGUUCCACUUAGAGUUUACCAUGUGCAUUGAAUGGUACCUUGCUGAAGUAUUUCUGACAUUUAGUCUUGAAAUACUUGGUUAGCAUUAAUCAGCACCACCACAGCACUGUUACUGUUAGGAGAUUCACCAAGGCUAGCUCCGGGGACUCUGGAUAUGCUAAUAGAUAAUCCCAUGACAGGGGCACUUUUGAGGCUGCAGAAUGCCACGUUUGCAUAAUUUAUCCGUAAAAACAACACCUAGGCUCUUUUGUGAGUCAGGAUCCCAGACGCCCCAGUGUGGUGCUGUCCAUCUUCAGGGGAUGGGCCGAGCGUGCCUCUUCCCUGUGGCCUCUGGAAGGAGCUGUGUUGUCAGUAUCUGUAGCAGGCCGAGAGUUUGUCCCACGGUCAGAAAGGGCUCUGACUUGACUGAAUUCCGAGUGUCCCUAGCUGCCACAGUUUCUUUUGUGAUCAUUUAUUUCCUAUGGUUUCUAGUCAGAAGAAAUGGAAGAUGUUUCCAUCCACAGCAACGGCAAGCCCGUUGCCCACUUCACGGUACAGGGGAGCUCUCCUCCUUUCCUUUAAAAGGUACGCCCCCACCCCCGAACCCUGCCCUCCCCUUACCUCCUGCUCGCCCUACCUCAGUGCCCAGGAGCCUCGAGGUUUCUCUCCAUGUGGGAAGUCAUUAUUCCUCAUCACACAAAUACUUUUAAUAUUGAUUUCUAGUGUAGAAAAUCUUGGUAAGGUAGCAGAAGACCAUUGUGAUGAUCCUGGUGCAAAGCUGACCAAGUCAGUGGCCUGUGUACAGAAUCCGUAGGUUUUGGGGUUUGCCCCAUCUCAUGCUGGCUCUUACAGGGAAGUGUCAGGGACUAAGUUAUCAAUCAAAACUGGCACACAGAGUCCUUUUUUAUUGCCAGACUAUAGGCAUUUCUGAAGUGUUCUUUUUACAAACAUCAUUUACCUUACUCUUACUAAUGUCUAAUUAGACCAAGCAAUACUUUUGUGCAUUUUAAUUAAUCUCAGUAAAAGCAACUUGUGGGAGGGAGUCCUGAUAGAAAUAGUUCCUGGAUUAUCUGUACCUGUUUUGAUUGCUCUUGGGUAAAGACAUUUUCUCCUACAGCAGUCUCCUGCUAUUCGCAAGAGCUUCCGUAUUUUCUGGAUCAGUGGUUACCCUAUCCCGAAAGGUGAGGACCAUUUCCUAGAUAGAAGAGUCAUUAGGGAACUAAUCCUGGAAGAAGAAAACCUGGCUGUUUUUCAGGUUUAUAUUCUACCCUGUGGCCAAACCACAGAACUUUGUGUUGAGGGAGAAUUUACAUAAACAGCAGGGAAAGAGGCCUUUGGAUGCCUAAGCACCAAGUUAGACAGAGUCUGGGACUGGCUGUCCUGUGCCUGCUCUGCCCUUUAUCCUGAGAUGAGACAGAACCUGGCUUGGUGGGACUUGUGCCUCUCCUCUGUCUUUUUACCUAAUCCCUGGCAACUGGAAGGAAGUUGACCUUAUAGACAUCUGUUUCUCCCUUGCCCUCCUGUCAGGACCUUCUUGGGUUUAGUGAACUGCCCUUGGAAUUUGAAUUCUUUGGCAUUUUUCUUUAGAGUCAUCAGUUAAGCUUAUUUGGGCCUCAGUUCACAUAAGUUUCUUAGCUGUGGAGGCCUAAAUCUCCAUAGUUUGGCUCUUGUGGACUCAGUCAGAUUUUUAGCAGGUCUUACUGUUAGCACAGAAUGAUCCCUUUACCUUUCACAUGAGAAGAGUUCUUCUUCCCAUUGCAAAACUAGCCCUUAAAAACAGUGAACCAAAGUGGCCUCCUGGCACUUGUCAAAAGAUGAGUCUAAUUUGUGAAUGACAGUGCAGCUCUGGAGUUCUGUAGUAUCUGCUUUCAUUUCAGAGCAUCCGAGUUACUCAGACAGAAAUAGAUCAGUCAGAGGCACACGAGCCCCCAGGGGCCUACCUGGCUCCAAAACUUCCUGGGUUUUUCACCCAGGCCAGGCUGCUGGUCUGCCCCCAGGUCAGCAGAUCUCUCUCCACCUCUUCUGACAUCUUACGUCAUCAGGUCAUUUCAAGGACUUUAGACAUCACCACAAAAUUAUCCCAAGAUAGAUCACUGAUAGUGGUAGAGAGGUGCUUUGUCACUGUUUGUCCGCUCAGACUCCUUUUCCAUUUCUCACCCUUAAAAGGAGGAUUGAAGUCCACAGGCAUUCUCCUUUCAUACUCACAGUAUCACCCCAGACCCCACGCAGCAGCCUUCUGCUUAGGACAGUAAUUGGCCCAUUGCAUGGAGAGAGAAUGUCCUCCUGGAGAACGUCAGUAAAUACUUGAAUCUGCAUGACAGUUUGUCAACUUGAAUGCAACAGCAAGGAAACUUUGCAAGUUAAUUGUAUAUACAGUAGGUUUCCUUAGGUCUCUCUGGCUCAUCCUUUGUAAUUUAUGUGUGUAUCUGUUGUAUUGCAGCUUGUGGAAAAUAUUUGUAUUGACAGUAUGUCAGAUGUCAAAGAAAAUGCUUUCUGUCACCUGCCAACGUUGUGUUUGUGGGUAUUUAUAGUUGUAUGUAUGUACAUGCAUCAAUGUAUAGAUUGUGUAUCAGUAUAUGGUAAAAUGUACAUCAAAAUUAUUUUUGUCCUUAAUAACCAGUGUGAUAUGAAAAGCAAGUAAAAACCUCAUAGGAUUGAUUCUAUGGUACAAUUGUUGAGAGUACAUAUAGUGAUAUUGUUUUAUUAAACUUAAAUUCAAAUGAUAUUUUGAUUAAAUUUUUAAUGAGACUAGAAAAUUCCACCUUUGAGCUUUGAAUCACCAGGGCAAAAACGACUUUGAGCUAACUUUAAGAAUCUAUGGACAUGUACAGUGUGCAAUACCGAGGGGAUAGCUCAUUGUAAUUUGUGAAAUACACAAAGAAAAGGGGGGGAAGGCAGCCUGUGCAGUCUUAGUGAUGUUAGCAGUAAGAGCACUUAACUGUAAUGUUAAACUGACAAUUUUGGGCUUAUUACAAAAUGUGAUGCUUUAGAGCACACGUUCUUUAUUGUUGUAAUUAGUCCAGAAAAUAUAUAGUUUUCAGAAUUAAGUAAGUACCCACUAUACCGUUUAUGUACCUGUGUAUAUCUUACAGUAGAUGAUACCACUCUCCUGGUGCCAGAUCUUACCCUUUUUGCUUUAAAGAAAUAUCACAAAUGCUGAAGUAUAUCAGGGCAUCCCAAGAUCGGGUACUGUAUUCCAGGUUCGCAGGUGCACAAAUCAGCAGCUAUGUCACAGGUGAAAGGACUUUAGGACCAGGUUAAAACUUUAUUUAAUAUUUUUAUACUUAGGUCUCUUUUUCCUGCCUCUCCCCAAAGAAGAGCCACUGGCCUUAGUUGUUUGACCUUAUUGCUUAUAUUAUAGAGUGUAAAUAGAUAACUAGAGACUAAAAUUUUAUUAACCAGCAUGUUUGGUGUAUUUAAAGCAGCGACUGAGUGUGUCUGAGUGAGUGGCUGAGUGCAGUGUCUUUUGUUGAACACGCUGCCUCACGUCUUUGUAUCUGAUGCAGAGAAUUGGAAUUGUGGGGAGGGAGACGAAUCUCCAGCUCCAGGCUGCAGUAGUGUGUUGGUAGGUACACUUGAGUUUUUUAUUAUUAUUAACUCUACAGUCUCAAACUAUUUUUGCAAAUAUAUCAUAUUUCCUAAUUUUUUCUUGACGUGCAGUGGACUGGCUCUCCAAUUGAUCGGCAGGGUCUUAGUUCUGCAAGAGAAUUUCCUUGUAAGAAUUAUUUGUGAUUUGCAGAAAAAUAGCCAUUUGAUUCAGAAAUCAUAUAGAAAAGGAGUAGUAGAAAUCAAAAGUUUUAUUUUGGGCCUUAGUCAUUUGAAAUGUUUGGACCUUAAUAUAAAGCCAUGGAGGUUACAUAGCCAAGUAACCAUUUGACAUGGAUAAUAAUAUCCACUCUAUAGAGAGUAUAUAUGCACAUUGAUUUUUAAUGCUAUUAGGAUACUGUUAAUAAGCUUUAGGAACAAGAGUAAUUAGACCAAAUGAAGUGGAGGGAGUGCAGUAUCUGCCUUCCAUAGGGUAACCAUGCAUGUGUUCAGUCUUCUGCUCCUAAGAGAUUCAGUUUAUGGUCCCCUUGGGUGUGUUAGGGGAAAGUGGAUACAUCUGGGACCUCAUCUGUGUACACCUGCUUGGACACAAGCACACACAGUGAGUCGAUACCAACAUAAGACCUUCAGACACACCAGGCCAGAGUGCUUUUGGAGAGGUAAUGAAUGAAGGGGGUGGAAGCUGCACCACAAACGCUUUCCAAGCACUAGGGAGGAAUCAGAGCUAUAGCGUCUGACCCUGAGAUGCACUGCAUUUUUAAAAAAGAAGAAAAGGGUUACCUGUUACAUCCUUCCUGGUGGGCCACUAACCUUCCUGUAAGUCCCAAGCAGCAGCUCUCCAGCACUCCUUGGUAGCCUGGGUGAAAUUCUAGAAAGCUGGCGUGCACCACUUUCCAGCAUGGCCAAGCUGCUUGCUCUGCAGAUUGUUUGUUGGAGCAAGGAGUGCAAAUGGAUAAACCACCAAGCCUGUUGCCUAGGAGCAGUAGAGGAGGACUGUCCGCACUCGCCUCCAAGCUGUGCUGGCGAGAGCCUGCGUCGAGGAUGGAAGUGGGAAGGAACCUAACAAAACUGCAUUUCCCUUUGCAGGGUGGAGAGCUGAGCUCUCACUAAUAGUAUUAUAAAAAUAAGCACCUUAACUUCAAUUCCUGAAAACAUUGGUUAAUGGAGAGAAUUUUGGAGUUUCACUUAGUAUUUCCUCAUCAAUCUGCGUUAAGACUUUGGAUGCUCCUAGGAGAGUCCCAGCCACAAGGCUCAAUGAAGGACCACACUGCAGGUCUGAGGCUCACUGCUCUGAACCCUGAGUCCCAGGGUACUGCAGAGGGUGAUACUAUCCCCUCUCUGGAGCUUCUCCCCUGGCCUUCCACUCCACUUGGGCUUCUACUGAGCAGCAAGCACAUCCUGGGUUUCACAUGCCUUAGGAAUUCCAGUAAGCUGACCCUACUAAGGCAAAAUACCAACUCGGGAGAGUGACUAAGCCACUGAGGGUGGCACAUGACAAAGGUAAUGAGAAAAAUUCUCUGCCUGAAGUUAAGUCCACACAUUUUGCCUUUGCAAGAAACAAACUGACGCUUUGAGCUCUAGGCAGGGUUAGAUGAUACCUUUGCCUUUGCACCUAGGUUUCCAGAAAUUGAUCGUAUUUCAUUUCUGUGGGAAGGGCCAAGGAACACUAAACUUGCUCAGUAAUUCUGCUCUGUCCAGGUGAGAGCCAUUGGGUAAAGGCCUCCAUGCCUCCCUGCAUUCUCUUCUACCUCAAGUUUUAGGAACCCAUUUCUAAAACAGAAAUUUACACAAGUAGAGAACCCAUACUGUCAGCCUUGGUUACUGUGGGACAUGCAGAAGGGUAGUAGUUUUGUAUCCUUCAGUAUAAAAUAAAAUUUUAAAUUUUCCAACUUAUUAACUGGAUUAUUUUCACUGUGGCUGAAACAAAUUGGCAAGGUGGAACAUUCCUUUACCUUCAAAGUUUUCUCCACCAAUCACUUCAGUUUCAUUGUCGUCUUGGUGCCAUAUGUCCCCUGCAAAUUGUGAAAGUAAUUAGUGACAAAAUAGCAGCCUACUCCUUUUCAGUGGCCAGACUGUCAGCAUGAGCAGGUUGGGGUAAGCCAGUGGUACCGUAUCAUAUACUGGAAACCUGUUCCUUUAUAUUACCCACCAGAUCCCAGAAGUGCCAUCUAGAAAUCAGUGGCAUUUAUGGUGGUCAUCUUUUGAAUGGAACAGUAGUUUAUGUGGAUAUUGUUAAAGUGUUUAAAGUAUAUUUUGAAAAUUAAGUUUACAUUUUACAGUUGCUUUAUUUUUUAUUAAAAUAGUUGUAUAUAAAUAUCACCCUAUUUCACUGUUAUUAAAGUAAACCUUGUAGACAAGUGGGUCACCUGAUAUGUAUAGAAGCUGUGAUAUUAUAUAGUACACUUCUCUAUUGUGUAAAUGUUCAAGAAUAUAACUGUUCCUGUUGUUUUUAUAAGCUGGGGGUAUUUUGUUGUUUUACAACAACAAAAUGUUAUCGCAUUUAAAAUGGUUUUUAUGUAAUAGAAAUCAUGCAAAAUAGUUGAAGGAUUUAAAAUUCUGUAUAUGGUAUAUGUAAAUGUACAAACUUUAGAAAGAAAUAAAUCCAACAGAUUUCAAUCAUUUGGGGGAUGUUUUUAUUUGCUUAUCUGAGCAACUAGAAUUAAACCUUUAAAAAAAAAAUCAGAACACCCUGCACCCCUCCAUGCAAACACAA